UUUCAUUCUGUCUUAUCUCUCCUUUUUCAGAUCCACACUUCAUUUCCGUUCAAACCGUUUCUCACGCAUUUUUCACAACCGCCAUUUCAACUCAAUUUCAGAUCCAACUUUCUUCGAUUCAAGAUUCAAAAUUCAAAUUCAAAUUCACUCUUUCGCAAUGGAGACGAAGAAGACGAAUCACGCAAUUGCAGGAUUAUCAGUUCUUCUCUGUUUCUCCUUAUUAGUCAACUUCGUUUCAUCGACAGAUUCACCGGCUCCGACUCCGGCUCCUCAUUCAUCGGUAGAAUCUCCUUCUCCUACUCCAAAAUCUUCUCCGAUAAUUUCACCGCCAGCUCCAACUCCAACUCCGGCUUCGUCUCCUCAUCCCGAUUCGCCUCCAGCACCUUCACCUGAGAACUCUCCUUCUUCCUCUCCUUCUCCAUCUCCGUCUCCAUCUCCAGAUCAAGCGGCUGAUUCCGAAAAAAUCCACACCGGCGUUGGAGAUGAUGACGAAAAAUCAACCGGAGGAAUGAGUUCCGGUAAGAAAGCAGGGAUAGCGGUUGGAGUGAUUGCAAGCGUAUGCGUGGUUGGAUUGGGAGCGAUGGUGUACAAGAAGCGCCGGCAAAAUAUACAGAGAUCUGAAUAUGGAUACACAGCGAGGAGAGAACUUCUAUAGACUUCGAUUUGAAUCUGAGUUGGUUCUAUUUAGCAUUCAUUCAUAUACUAUGAUAGCUUAUUUUCUCCUCAAUUUGAUUAUUAUUGAUUGUAUGCAAUAAUCUCUUAAUGAUUGGGACUGGAUUUUAGCAUUUGAUACUGUUACCGUUUAAGGAAUGGCAAUUUUUUCGGUUCUUGGUUGUA